AUGAGCGCGAGGCGAGAGUUCCAAUCGAAGAAGAGGAUCCUGAUCAAGGCCGGCACCGGCGUCAUCACCGACGAGAGCGGGGGUGUGUCGCUGGGACGGUUCGGCCACCUCGUGGAGCAGGUGGCGGAGCUCAAGAAGCGCGGCAAGGAGGUAAUCAUUGUGAGCAGCGGGGCCGUCGCCAUGGGCAAGCAGAAGCUGCACGAGAGCGCCGCCCCACCCUCCCACAACCCGCGGGCGUGCGCCGCCGCCGGCCAGAGCGGCCUCAUGGCCCUCUACGAAACCCUCUUCCGCCAGAAGGACAUAUGGCACAUCCUCCUCACCGACGAAGACUUCCUCAAUGAGGAGCGAAGGUCCAACUUUCGCGAGACGGUGGACGAGCUCAUCAGGCUGGGCGCGGUGCCCAUCCUCAACGAAAACGACGUCAUCAGCUCCCGCAAGACCCCCUACACGGACUCGGAGAAGCGCAUCUUCUGGACCUCUCCCUAUCCUCCUCAUGCUGCUGCUGCUGCUGCUGCUGCUGCUUUCAAGCACUCGUCUGUUCCUCCGCUCACCAACCAAACCAAACCAAACCAACAGGACAACGACAGCCUGGCGGCGCUCGUGGCCGGAGAGACGAACGCCGAUCUCGUCAUCCUCCUCAGCGACGUGGAGGGCCUCUACAAGGAGCCCCCGAGCGCCUCCGGCAAGAAGGGCGAACUCAUUGACACCUACCAGCAUGACGCCAAGUUCACCAUCGGCGCUGGCUCCCGCACUGGGAGGGGCGGCAUGCAGGCCAAGAUCGAGGCCGCGCGGUACGCCCUCUCGCGCGGGGCCUUCGCGGUGGUGAUCGCCAGCGGGUACACGCUCAACGUUAUCACCAACAUCGUGGCGGGCGCGCGCAUCGGCACCCUCUUCGUGGAGCAUCCCGAGCGGGAGCUGGCCACGGCGCGCCAAAUGGCGUCGUGCUCGCGCAAGGCCGCCCAAGCCCUGCUCGCGCUGGGUCCGCAACGGCGUCAGGCCCUGCUGGGGGCCAUCGCCACCAACCUCACGGCGGCCAAGGCCCAGAUCCUGGAGGCCAACCAGCGCGACAUCGCCAACGCCCGCGAGAACAACCUGCGCCCCGCCCUCGCCGCACGCCUCGUCCUCGACGACAAGAAACUCCACACCCUCGCCAGCGGAGUGAGGCAGAUCGCGGCGGGCGAGGAUCCGAUCGGCAAGGUGCUGAAGCGGCGGGAGCUGGCCGACGGGCUGGUGCUGGAGGAGGUGCGUGUGCCGAUCGGGGUGCUGCUGGUGAUCUUCGAGGCGCGGCCGGACGUGCUGCCGCAGGUGGCGGCGCUGGCCAUCCGGUCGGGCAACGGGCUCAUCCUCAAGGGUGGGAAGGAGGCGCUGCACACGAACACGGUGCUGCACGGCAUCAUCACGCGCACCGUGGAGCAGUUCGGGGUGGACCCGCAGCUGGUGGGCCUCGUGCAGACCUACGAGCAGAUCGACGAGCUCCUGCAGCUCAAGGAGAUCGACCUCGUCAUCCCGCGCGGCUCGGCCGAGCUCGUGAGCCACAUCCAGCACAACACGCGCAUCCCCGUGCUGGGCCACUCCGAGGGCCUCUGCCACGUGUAUGUCGACCAGGCCGCCGACCUCGACAAGGCCACCCGCAUCGCCGUCGACUCCAAGACCGACUACCCGGCCGCCUGCAACGCCGCCGAGACCCUCCUCCUCCACCGCGACCUCCUCGCCGACCGACGCGCUCACGCCGUCCUCGACGCCCUCGCCCGCGCCAACGUCAAACUCUACGCCGCGCCCCACGCCGCCACCCACUUCCCCGACCUCCCCCGCGCGCAGUCCCUGCGAACAGAGUAUUCGGACCUGGGCAUGACCGUGGAGGUGGUCGACAGUCUCGAGGCGGCCAUUGCCCACGUCAACGAGUACGGCAGCGGCCACACGGACGCCAUCAUCACCGAGGACAAGGAGGCCGCACAGAAGUUCUCCCAGUUUGUCAACUCGGCCUGCGUAUUCCACAACGCGAGCACGCGCUUCUCCGACGGCUACCGAUUCGGGUUGGGUGCCGAGGUGGGCAUCAGCACCAGCCGCAUCCACGCGCGAGGACCCGUGGGUAUCGAGGGGCUUCUGUCGAGCAAGUGGGUCCUGGUGUCACAGACCGGAGGCUCCGUCGCGUCAGACUUCUCGGCGGGCAAGCGAACCUUCACGCACCGCGACAUCUACCCGCCCUUCGCCCCGCAGCCCGCCUCCGUCUUUGCCGACUUCCAGCCCAAGCUGUAA